AUGGAUAAUCCACAGAAUGAGAAAUUUAUAUUGGACGAGGACACCUGGGAGCUGAUGCUGCACGACGAAUGGAUGAUCAGUUUCUGUAGUCCACUGAUAACGACCUGCUUUAAGUUUGAUCACAUCUGGAGCAAGUUCGCCAAAGAGAUGAGACUGCAGCACACCGACAUAAAUGUGGCCAUCAUGAAGCUGGAGUAUUCGCAGACGUUCAAACGUUUCUCAUUGCACGACAUGCCCUUAAUAUUGCAUGUGAAAGAUGGCAUUUUCCGGAAGUUACCAGUGGCCAACAGCGUUGAGGAGUUCAAGGAGCUGGCUUUUGCAAAAUGGCGGGAUGUCGAACCGUUGUCCUUCUGGCAGCAACCGAAUGGUGUUUUGAUGUCCGCCUACAUACGCUACAUUCGAGCCAUCAAUUCUAUUUACAUCUGGCUGGAUGUGAGCUACGAGAACGCCACUUGGCUAAUACGCAUUGGCCUAUUGCUCAUUCUGGCCAUGAUUGUGACGGCCAUCUGUGGCAUUUGCACAUCCAAACGCGACUAA